AUGCCCGUCGAGCCUAAUGUGAUCCCCAUCAUCUUCGACACCCCUACCAUCCCUAUCACUGCUAUGAACCCUGUCUCUCUCGACCACCUCAUAGAUCCUGCGUUGAAAGCGAUCAGUAAUCACAGCUCCAGUGAUCUGCUUGCAACUACAGCAGUGGCUGAUCCAGCCAUUGUCAAUCCCACUCACAUCAACACACCCAAGGUCCCACCAGCUUCCUUUGUUCCUCAGACACCUUUGAGCUCAUCGACACCAUCAAUUCCUGCAACACCUAUUCCUAUUCCCGCAAUACCUUCUAUUCCCACGACAUCACCGACACCACCCAUCAUUCCUGUCACUGCAGAGACUCCUGCGCCCCCCACCACCAACACAAAAUCAAAACCAAAGCCUCGUCCAGUCAAAUCGAAGACUCCCGCAGUGCCAAAAGCUCCAAACACGCCAAACAAAGCCAAGGCAAUGCAUAUCCAGAAGACAAUCAAUGCACGGAAUCUUUGUGCAGCUGCAUGGAAAGCCGCUGGCAAUCUACUGGGAACAGCCAAACAAUUCAAAGGAUACUGGGAACAACUUCCCACUGCAGAGAAAGCAGUAUUCGAAGCGCAAGCUAAAACAUUGCUGGCUACGAGCACAUUGGCAUCAGUCGCUACCACUGGCAGUGGGCCUUGA